AUGUAUCUUCUAUUCUGCUUGUACGCAUUGGCGAGUCUGGUCAGUUAUGCAAUUGCAGACUGCGCGUCCUAUGGAAUCGACUUUAUAGACGGUGGCAGUUACUUUAUUGACAAUACGCUGUCAAAACCUUUCACUUUUCUGUCAGAUUUCGAAGGUUGCGACAGCAAGACAAUCACACCUAUUCUGGUUGGUCCUGACGAAGAGUCAUACUUUUGCACUGAUAUUCCUACUUCGCCGGACAACACCUCCUUCCAAUCGUCAUGUCCUAUCCAGCAAACGGCAUUUACUAGCGGACAAUGGUUGAUUGUGAUUGAGGGCUCUACAUUUGCGUUCGUGAGAACCUUCACCAUAACUGCUGGUACACCGGUUUAUACAACAGUAACGGGCACAGCCACUGUUGGAAUUACCUCGACUCCAGACGCUGCUACUUCUACAACUACGUCUACUAGUAUCGGGUCCACAGUUCUACAGCCAUCAACCACAGUCAUCCCAUGCAAGACCCUGGUUCUAACUAAUUACGAAUUCCCACCACCAGUGACAACUUACACAACAUUGAAUCUAGGUAUCACGAUCAAUACAGGCAUCGUGAGAAAGACCGGAACCACUACUUCCACUAUAACUGCUAAGUGCACGCCAAACCCCUUCCCAAGAAGGCAGGAUCCACGAAUGCAGAAAGCUCUCCUGCUUCCCCAGACGACAAUUUCGCCAACAAACAAGAACUCCAGACGUGCAGAUGCUCACCAUCUUGGCGCUCGGGAUUUUGCAAAGAGAGUGGCGUACAAUAUGGCUCUCACAAGACGAGGACCGGACUCUCCAACCUCAACUGUUACAAUAACUCCCGCUUCAGGGCCAACAGUGACAUUGACGACAAUUGCUCCUACACCAACAUUUACCCAGACCUCGAUUUCAACAACCAUUGUUACCAGUACACCUCCGGCUGUGACUUCCUGCAAAGGCUUGCAGAUGUCGACUACGACUUCGACAUUCCCUACAUUCACUUUUACCAGGCUGCGCAUUACAGUUCCUAUCGUUUUCACAGCUAAAACCAUCUCGGUAGUGAAAACAACCAAGACUACCUACACUGACGCCGCUGUUUCUACUGCCUGUAUAAACAGUGGAGCUCGUUCUCGCAUACCGGACGACCCGUCCAAAUCGGCGAACGAAGGGGUGGAGAAUCCAGCUCCUGAAAAUGAAAGCACAGGCUUAGACGAUUCGAAGGUGGGAGAGGAUGGUACCAAAUCAGAUACACCAAAAGCUUUGGAUGACACGGAAGAUACCUCGACGAUUUUAUCUCGAGCUAAGAGUGGUCGGGUAGGAAAUGGAAGAGUAACUCGACUGCGACCGCGACAACCAGAAGGCCUACCAGCUGUCGUAUUCCCUGAGUGGUUUUGGAAGAACAAUGUCAAAAGGAAAGACGACCCUCCGCGCCGCGGCUCCCUCGCGGUGUAUGCUACCGACAACACCAGUGCCGAAGACCAAUUAGAAAGUGAUACUGCGAUCGUAGAUAAGUUGGACGUUGGGAGAAUGGAGGAGGCUGUUGCGAAGUGUGGGUUACCAUCCGCGGACGAAGCCAGAUACACGAUGCAAGUGGAUGUGUACACAGAGAUAUUCUCUACCAUCAAAUCUGGUCUAAGUCUACGGCCUCCGAAGAAUUCCGACAGUCCAUCUCUUAAUCGCCCUGUCAUCCAUCUACAGUGCCCCCAGGAUGGCGGCUCUUUCUACCUAGACUCUGCAGUAGAGACAAUUGCCUCAAAACUGCAGGCUGACUUGAUUAGUCUUGAUGCGCACGACAUAUCUCAAAUUGUUGCUGCUUAUACCGAGGAAAGCGCUGCGUGGACCCAAUCGAAUACAACGACCUUGUCGUACGACACUCAGAGUGAGGCAGGGAACAUAGAGGCUUGGGCAAUGGAGCCACAAGAGGGUUUGGCCGAUGGCGAGGAUGAUUUCGCAGGCCUACAGUCUCGAAUCCAAGCAAUGUUAAAGCCAAAAGGGAAUAAAAAGACACCUAAGUUCAACCCAUUCGGACUCUCAGAAGCUCAAACCCUCGUUUUGACCGGGGUCCCAGACUCUUCAUCAAACGGCAUUACUGUGGUCAACGAUACGGAUCAAUGGAAUUCGCUAAAGCUAUCAGCUAUAUUCAACGCACUAGUAAACGCUGCAGAGUAUAAGCCGGUUGCGUUGCAGAAAGAGAGCACGGAAGAGUCUGGACUAAAUGCUAACGAUAAAUCUCGCGGCACCAUCAUCCUGGUACGAGACUUCAAGUCUCUGCAAGCCACUACACAGGGAUCAGAGUUAAUAUCUCGCCUCCGUACUGCCGUACACAAGCGCUGGAAAGAAGGCGAAAACAUCGUCAUUGUAGGAACCACAUCUACUGAACAUGGGGAGGCAGCGCUAUCAAAGCCAGACAUCCAGAAACUACAAUCUGAUAUCUUGGGCGGUGAAAUGAGAUCCAUUUUCGUUCCCUCACAGCGGAUAGAAAGGCAAGAAGUCGCUUUUGAGUCAGAUGAGAAGACAAGGUUUCGAAUGAUCAAUAUUCGACAUCUUGAGCAGAUGCUUGAAAGCUUGACAGAGGGCACAGAAGAAGUUUCGCCGGCCAUUGAGCUUGAGAAGAAUCUUGAUACCAGUAUUAUUACAUCCACCGGACUAGAAGACGCAGUUUGGACUUAUGCACGCGUCCACCGUGUAGCCACUACUGUUCUAGGACUGGAGGACUCCUCAAUCAAAAUUGUUGACGGUGUCCUCCUGGGAAAAGCCCUCACAAUACUUGCUUCGAGUGACGAGGUGAAGUUCGAUUGGGGCGCUGCAGAGCUAAGAGAAGAGGAGGCAGAGGCGCAGAGUAUGGUUGAUUUUGAAGGCUCGACGGUGAAAAAGAACGAAAUGACUAAAGAGAAGCUUAAGGCCAUACGCAAGUCAUGCAAGCAACAUGAAAAAAAGCUGUUGUCGGGUGUAGUCAUACCUUCCGAGAUUCGAACGACAUUCAACGACAUACGGGCCCCCAAAGAAACAGUCGAAGCCCUCAAAACUUUGACAAGUCUUUCUCUCAUUCGACCUGAAGCGUUUUCUUAUGGUGUACUUGCAACUGAUAAGAUACCUGGUCUUCUUCUUUAUGGACCACCGGGCACUGGUAAAACAUUAUUGGCCAGAGCUGUUGCGAAAGAGAGUGGGGCGACAAUGCUUCAAAUCAGUGGUGCUGAUGUGAACGACAUGUUUGUUGGUGAGGGCGAGAAGAACGUCAAAGCGGUUUUCAGUUUAGCCAAAAAGCUCUCACCAUGUGUCGUAUUCAUUGACGAAGGAGACAGCAUAUUUUCCUCUCGCGGCGAUUCAAAGACACGUGCGGCUAGUCACAGAGAAUUAAUCAAUCAAUUUCUUCGAGAAUGGGAUGGCAUGAACGAUCUCUCCGCAUUCAUCAUGGUAGCUACCAAUAGACCGUUUGAUUUAGACGAAGCAGUUCUCAGAAGAUUGCCUCGAAGGCUCCUCGUCGACUUACCCGUCGAAAAAGACCGCGAAGCCAUCCUCAAAAUCCAUCUCAAAGACGAGAUCCUUGACCAAUCCGUCUCUCUAGAAAAGCUUGCCAAAGAUACACCAUUUUAUUCAGGUUCCGAUCUCAAAAACGUAUCGGUCGCGGCAGCAAUGGCCUGCAUCCGCGAAGAAAACGAGAUUGCCGCCAAACACACUGGCGAAGAGCCACACGUCUUUCCCGAAAAACGAAUCCUCACAUCCAAACACUUCGACAAAGCGAUGGAGGAAAUCAGUGCUAGUAUCUCUGAGGACAUGUCCACCCUUUCCGCGAUCCGAAAAUUCGACGAGAAAUAUGGAGACCGAAAAGGCCGGAGGAAGAAGGCCUCCGCUUUGGGUUUCGGAGGCACAACGGUCGUGGAGAAGGAUAGUGAGGCGGCCCGGGUGCGGAAGAUUGAGGCGUCCUGA